AUAGAUGCGAUGGACGCUCUUCUCAACGCUUUGCAAGAAAGGCCUGACCAUGCAUCAGAGUAGCGAGUAGGGAGGACGUGGCAAUCCUCAAGGUUAUUCCCGCUUCCAAGCCGGGCUCCGCGUUUCUCUCCUACUGUUCCAACUUGAUCUCGCGACUAUAAAAGAGAGCCCUCGAUAUAGGGAACGUUAUUACUAGUUCAUCGCGACCAGUAGAAAAAUCAAUCCUCCAAGAAUGUUCAAGUUGAUCGUUUUCAUCGCCCUCGCGGCCGUCGCAGCGUCCGCUCCUGCACCAGCACCCUCGCCGAUUUUCGCCGGGCCGAUUGCUUAUUCUGCCCCAAUCGUUGCCGCACCUGCAGCCGUCAGCUCGUCGUACUCCUAUUCGGCUCCGUUAACAUACAAAACGUACGCAGCCCCUUUGACCUACGCCGCACCGUACGCACCUCUCGCCUACAAAGCAGCUUACGCGCUCGUCUAACCAUCGCGACCCUUUAAACUAUCGACGACCUUUGAUUUCUCUCGUCACAGCCUUGAACCAUCAUCGUUCCAUUGCAAUUCACUUUUCGUACGGUAGAGAAGCAAUCGCAUUACGAAAACCUGAUCGAAAACGAACAAUGUUAUAUAUCUCGAAAAGCAAAUAAAAAAUCUGCUAACUCUUUAAA